ACCUCACUUUCAACAGGCGGCUAGGGUUUCGUUCUUCUCCCCUCUUCCAGUGAGAAAUUGUUUUGUCAGGGUUUUGCUAUUUGCUGUUAUUGAGCAAAAAAUGGCGACUAUAAACCCAUUUGAUUUGCUGGACGAUGAUACAGAGGAUCCUUCGCUACUUGCUGCUCAGCUCAAGAUCGAGCCGAAGAAAGCCGUAGUACCAUCGGCCAAGCAGCCGCCGCAGCCGAAGCUCCCCUCGAAACCGCUCCCCCCGGCUCAGGCUGUCAGAGAAGCAAAAUCUGAAUCUGCACGAAGUGGCCGUGGUGGUGGUCGUGGUUUUGGCCGUGGUCGUGGAGGACACAAUAGAGAGAGUGCCAGCAAUGGAAAUUCAUAUGGCAAUAGGGAGUUCUCUGCUCCUCAGGGUGCACCUGACCAGGAUGGGAAGUCUUAUGAAAGGCGGGGUGGCUAUGGAGCACCCCGUGGUGGACGGAGAGGUGGUUACACCAAUGGAGAAGCUGGAGAAGAAGUGGAGCGCCCUCGGAGGACAUUUGAGCGCCGUAGUGGAACUGGUCGUGGAAAUGAGAUGAAACGGGAAGGAUCUGGACGUGGAAACUGGGGAGCACCUGAAGAUGAACUUGCACCAUUGACAGAGGAAGCUGUUGAUGGAGAUGAGAAAAACCUGAAUGUGGAGAAGCCCCCUGUGGAGGAAAACCCUGCUGUAGAUGGAGAAAAGGAAGCUGCUAAAGAUGAAAAUGAAGAGAAAGAGGCUGAGGAUAAGGAGAUGACAUUGGAAGAAUAUGAGAAGCUUUUGGAGGAGAAAAGGAAGGCUCUGGUGGCUCUUAAAACUGAAGCAAGGAAGGUUGAUGGAAAAGAGUUUGCCUCAAUGCAACAGCUCACAGACAAGAAAGCUAAUGAUGAAAUCUUCAUUAAAUUGGGUUCUGAGAACGAUAAAAAGAAAGAUUUAGCAGAGAAAGAACAAAAAGCUAAAAAGUCUGUCAGCAUCAAUGAAUUCUUGAAGCCUGCCGAGGGUGAGAGGUACCACAACCCUGGUGGCCGUGGGAGGGGCCGAGGCCGUGGACCAAGAGGAGGAGGCUAUGUUGGGUCCAAUGACAGGAGUGGUUUCCAAGCACCAGCCAUUGAAGAUCCCGGGCAGUUCCCGACCUUGGGUGAUUAUGUAUUACAGAUUGGGAAUAGUUACUAUCCGUUAAUGAACCUUCAAGAUGAGAAAACAAGGUUUUGUUUUGGUUUUGUUGCUCAAGAGAUGGCGACAAUAAACCCGUUUGAUCUUCUGGGCGACGAUACCGAGGACCCCUCACUCCUCGCGGCUCAGCAGAAGAUCGAGCCGAAGAAAACCAUAGCACCACCGGCUAAGCGGGCAGCGCAGCCGAAACUCCCCUCCAAGCCGGUACCCCCGGCUCAGGCUGUCCGAGAGGCAAAAUAUGAUUCUGCGCGAGGAGGUGGACGAGGUCGAGGACGUGGAUAUUCUCGUGAUGGUGGUGCACGUCCAAAUAGAGACUUUGCCAACAAUGGAAACUCAUAUGGCAAUAAGGAAGUAUUUGCUGCUCAGGGUGCACCUGACGAGGUUGAUGGAAGAUCAUCUGAAAGGCGUGGCGGCGGCUAUGGUGGACCCCGCGGUUCAUUUUCUGGUGGCCGUCGAGGUGGUUACAGCAAUGGAGAUGCUGGAGAAGGAGACCGAGACCGCACUCGUAGGCCUCUCGAGCGCCGCAGUGGAACUGGCCAUGGAACUGAAAUGAAACGAGAAGGGUCAGGUCGGGGAAACUGGGGAAUGCAUACUGAUGAAUUGGCACAAGUGACUGAGGAAGUUGGUAAUGAAGAUGAGAAAAAUCUGAGUGUGGAGAAGCCCUUGGGAGAGGAAGAUGCUGCUGAAAAUGUAGAAAAGGAAGGUACUAAAGAGGAAAAUGAAGAGAAGCCUGAGGAUAAGGAGAUGACACUGGAAGAGUAUGAGAAGCUUCUUGAGGAGAAAAGGAAGGCUUUGCUUGGUCUUAAAUCUGAGGAAAGGAAGGUCGAUGCAAAAGAAUUUGAAUCAAUGCAAGCACUCUCAAACAAGAAAACUAAUGAUGAUAUCUUCAUUAAAUUGGGCUCCGAGAAGGAUAAAAAGAAAGAGUUGGCAGAGAAAGAGGAGAGAGCUAAAAAGGCUGUCAGCAUCAAUGAAUUCUUGAAACCUGCUGAGGGUGAGAAGUACUACAGCCCUGGCGGUCGUGGACGCGGUCGUGGCCGUGGCGCCAGAGGAGGGUUCGGUGGGCCAAGCGACAGGAGCACUUUCCAAGCACCAGCUAUCGAAGACCCUGGGCAGUUCCCUACCUUGGGUGGUAAAUAAGAUGCUCCUUGUGCUGCUUCCUGCCGCUCGUUAUUAAUUGUGACAUUGGUUCUCGGUUUUGCUUCGUGAUUCUGGCAACACGUUAUUAAUUGUUUGUUUUGACAUUACAUUCUGAAAUCUGAAGUAUGUUGCCUUUUAUUACCCGUUUUUACAUCCCUUGUCGAAUGUGUUGUGCGCUUAAUCCAUCGAUUUGUAAAUUACCUAAGAAACAGCGAAAAUAAAUGAUUUACAGUUUUAAUGUUA